AUGGUUGACUUCUGUGUGACCGAAUCGCCCCGGCCGAAGCCGGUACGCUGCCUGGACCUCACGCAGCUGCGCCGGGUGACGCGCACGCAGGUGAAGUUCCCGUACUCCACCCGCAUCCUGCUUCAGUUCAACCCGGACUACACCGACUACCAGCUGGAGCUCAGAUCCGAGCGCGAGAUCGAGAUCUUGGAGUGGUACAAGAUCUUGAUCCGCUUCACCAUGGAGUCCUGUGAGCUUCAGGUGGACCGCGACCCCGCGGUCGUGCAGCCUGGCCUGGAAAGCGAGACCGAAGCGCCGGACCGCAUGUGA